GCUGGGAAGGUCAAAGGCGGACGGGCAAAUGGGCGAGUGUCAGGAGGACAAGUGCUUUCCCAAGUGGAACUCUGGGCCGUGCAGCCGCCAGCAAGCAAGUCGUCCAUGCACCACAUCCAUCUCUGGGGAGGGAUGGAUGCCUGCCUCCCGGCGCUCCGGCUGCCAUUUGUGGCCUCUCCCUCCAGUUUGGCCCACCAGCAGCCAGCAGCACGGCAGAUGCGGAUCCUGCAACUCCACACACAUUGCCCUGCGGUGAAUCUCCUCCGAUUCUCCUGUCCAAGCUCGUCGGGCCUGGACUCGACUCGGGGCCUCAUGAUGGCACGGCACGGGGGAUUGCGUCUGGCCAGCUGCUGGCUGCGAGCUGGAUUCUGAGCGAUUAUUGCUUCCCUGGGCGGAUUUGAAUUCGGGUCGGUGGGGUUCGUUGCGAGAGGGCUGGCCAGAGCCGGAGCCCUGGUUACGGGGAAAUGAGCGUCACACCCCCUCCCCCACAGAUUGGAUCCUCUGAGAAGUUGUUGCAGUCAGUACACUCUGUUUGCCCUAAGAUGAGAAUCUAGAAACGUUCUUGUCGUACUUUGUGAAUUCCGCAGGUUUCGAAUUUCUAGUGUUACAGAAUCUGCUGUACGACUGAGUAAUAAUUCGCUCGGGCCGGUGAAUUCGGAAGCUUUUGAGUUCUUCUUGGUGUGCAUCCUACUUACAGCCCUUGGAAGAUUUUAGCUUCAAGUGGGAUACAUUCCGCGAGUCUACGGAGGUAUGGGAAAUUGGUGGGCGAUGAAGAAUAAUUAUCUCAUAGUAUCUAUCACCCGGAGUUGAUGUGAACUUUCUGCUGGACCAGCGGAUUGAAUCGGAAUUGCAAUGGAGGACGAGGAAGGGGCGAACAGGAUAAGGCGGCACCACCGGCGCCUACUUCCGAGGAAAGUUCCCACCCCCAUGAACAUGACAAGCAACGCGUCGGAGAAUUCCCAUGCAACACUUUUAGCGAGGCUUAAUUCUGCGGAUAGUGACUUCGAGAACGCAGAGGUUUUAAUAAUAGACGGGCCCAGCAAGUAUGUCAAUGCCAGAGUUCCGAGAAGGACUAGCAACAAAGCUCUAGUUCAGACCGUCAGAGGUGGGACGUCCCUGCCUCGGUACCAUGCUCUGCGAUGGAACACGAAUCAGGAGUCGUUGCCCUCGCCACUUCAGAUGACGGAGCGAAGAAGGGGGACAGGAUUCAGACAAGUAAUCAGCCCACAAAACUUUGGAAUUGUUUUGCUCGGAGGGUUUACUACUUUGCUAAAAAUUGGAGGACUUUUACUGGCACGGACUUUUUGUGGUGAUAUCUGGCCCUACGUGCAAGUGCUCAGCGUGUGCGCUCUGAGUCUAGACCCUCUGAAAUCAGUGGUACCUAAAGUAAAAAACAUCGAUAUAGGGCCGUUGCAUGCUUUGGCUGGUCCAGUGCUCGGUCUGACUGUUGCAAGGCCUUUGGUUCGCUGGGGUUUGCCUGAUUUGUAUCGGACUGCCAAAUUCUGGCGUCGUCUCCUUCCCAUCUACUGCGGGUACAUGAAGACGAAGUACACCGCCAUUCGAAAGCCCCAGGAAGAUCAACAGAAGAUGUGGGCUGUUAGGCAUGAGUGGGGUGGUGAGAAAGUACACAGGUUGGUUUUGGAUCUCAGCGGCUUUUAUGUCAAGUCUGCCCAAAUUCUUGCCACCAAGGCUGACUUUGUUCCUGAACCAUGGAUUAGACGACUCUCCAAUCACUUUGACAAUGCACCCCCACGUUCCUUCCCAGAAGUAGAAAAGAGCAUCCAGAAGGAGCUUGGAAGCUGCCCACAAAGAUCUUCACUUCCAGUGGACUCCAAGGGUUUGGUGCCUUUGGAUGCAGUGUUUUUGAACGUGGAAACUACGUGUAUCGCAGCUGCAUCGAUAGCACAGGUGCAUGGUGCAGAGUUGAAGGAUGGUAAACGAGUUGUUAUUAAAGUUCAACAUUUAGGAAUGGAGGUUGUAAUGAAUUCUGAUCUCCGAAAUAUUGUCUGGGUUGCCAAAUUUCUCGAGGGUCAACUUCCGUUUGAUCUCGGUCCGGUUGUACGUGAAAUACAGAAAACUAUUCCGUUGGAGUUCGAUUUCGAGCGCGAAAUGUAUUUUAUGAGUAAAAUCAGUUCAAACCUGGAAGUAGGUGGAUUUGAUCGCAUUGUAUGCCCAAAACCGGUCGUCGAGUUUUGCGCCAAACGUUUGCUGGUGAUGCAGAGGCUUGAAGGUAUCCCUUUUACACGAAUUAUUCAUCCACAUGCUCCUGACGAGUUAAAGCGCAGGAUACCUGAGGUCGUGAGCAUGGUGGAGUAUCUUGUUCACGCGUUUGGCCAGAUGUUUCUCGUGGAUGGAGUUUUCCAUGCCGAUCCACAUGCUGGUAAUUUGCUGCUGCUUGAUGAUGGGCGGCUGGGACUGAUAGAUUUUGGCCAGAGUAAGGAGUUGGACAAUGGCGUACGUAAGAAGUUGGCCAUCAUGAUUGUGGCUCUGUACAGGAAUGACGAAGGAGAAAUCGCUCGUGCUUUGAAAGGGCUGGGAAUGGUAUUCAAAGAUGCCAGUGGUGGAGAGGUAGCAGAUUCCACAUUGGCUGUAAUGGCACGAAUCUUGUUCGACACUUGCUAUGUACAAGAAGCCACUGUAUCCCCGAUGUCGAAUGAGUCUAUAUUGAGAAACACUCCACUAACAACUUUCAACCAAGCGUUGUGGCUGGUGGUUCGAGCGAUGGUUAUAUUACGAGGGCUAUGUUUUGGCCUUAAAAUGGAUGUCUCGGCGUGCACAAUAUGGCGGCCAUAUGCGAUAAAAGCUUUGGAGGAGCUAGAGCACAUUUCAGAUUAAGGUUCGAGUUCGAAAAGAGAUGUGGAACUCUGAGAAUGCACACGUGGAGGGGAAGAAGAUAGUAGAACGAGAAAACAGGCGCAAGGAGACGCAAGGUGGCAUUAUACAUGUCAGCUGUUCAAUGUUCCCAGAUCUACAACUACACCUCAGUUAGCAGCUACGUAUGACCCGGUUUAUUCUAGAUCUCUAGUCCAGCACCUGGUUUCAGUUACGGCUCCUCACCAUACUCCAAAUAUAUAAAUACAUUUCACUGUGCAGCAGUGUUCUAUUUUACUGAGGGAAAUCUUAUCUGGAAAGAUUAAUCUAUCCAGGUCUUUGCAAGUCAGUCUCACAAUCUUCAAGUGCAACAGAUUUACUAUUCCACAUUUUCCUCAGUCUUGUCCGUACUCCAAGAAUCUUUGGCUUCGCCGGAUGCCCGAUUGACAGAAGUUGCAAGUGAUAUCUAAUCUUACUGUAACCAAACGUCAUGCUUAUAACUGUGCUUGAAAGAGGCAUGAUCACUGCAAGUCUUGUGAAAUUUCUUCCUUGUUAUUCAAGUGUCAGAACGUUCAACUUC